AUGAAGACAAAAUUCAGCCAGCAGUAUAAAGCUACAAUUGGGGCUAAUUUUGUUACCAAGGAAAUACAAGUUGAUGAUGAACUCAUAACAUUGCAGCGAAAAUAUAAUAUUGUGCAGAUUUGGGAUACAGCAGGGCAGGAAAGGUUCCAUAGUAUUGGGGCUACAUUUUAUAUAGGGCCAGAUUGUUGUGUUCUGGUAUAUGAUGUAAAUAUACACAAAACAUUUGAUACACUAAACAAUUGGCAUGAUGAGUUUCUUAAACAGUUGUGUUGUUACUUCUUUCAAGCCUCAUGUCUUCUUUCCAUACUCGUUAAUAAGUGGUUAAUAAGUGGUUUCUGUCUUUUGGUCCUUGAGUUGAAGUCAAACCAAACAAAGCCAGAUGAGUCACUGAGAAAAAAAGCUAGAGACUGGUGUGCUUCCCGGGGAAACAUACCAUACUUUGAGACCUCUACGAAAGAGGGUUACAAUGUUGAAGAGGCUUUUUUAUGCGUUGCUAAAAUUACACUAGAAAAUGAACACGAUCAAGACAUGAGAGAAUCAACUUUUUGUAUUGACAAUACCUUCUAUUUUUUGUUAAACCACUUAAUUAUCUCUUUAAAUUCAACAUUCACACCUUUUUCUUCUCUGAUAUGAAUUAUGAUGAUUAGGUUGUGGUAAUUCUUCAUAAACGCUACUGCUAGUGCUACCCAAAUCCAA